UUAGUGCGGAUGCACUCGGCUGCCGUCCAAGGACAAGCAGUCCAACUGCUAACUACUCCCACACAUAGAUUUGUUAAAACACACACACACAGCCUCACUUUCUAUUUCUCACCCUAAUACUCACAACAGCUCGGAACUGCACACUGCCUCCAAAUACCAUCUAUUUUGGUGAUCAUAAUUAUUUGAUGACAGAGCCUCUGGUUUCUCUGCCACCCUUUUGUACACAUGAUCUUGUUGUUAAUAAUUGAGCAGAGUAAGCUGGAGAAGUGGGCUCCUUAAAACAGCAGGUAUACCAGACCUCUGGAGGCAGGACAACCAAAAAAAUAUAUUGAAAAAAGCCUUUUUAUCCUCCUUUUGACUUCCGCCCGUUCCGUGCAGCUCUUCAGUCGGACUCUCGGUUGCUUUGUGUUCAAUCUGUAAUCAUUUUUGCUUCCUGGAGAAAGGAUGUGUGUUUAAGAUGAUGUCAUUUCCCUCUGAGUGGAGAGCUACGUUUAUGGACUGACGGUUUUUCAUGCAUCGCCUCUUAAUUCGGCCAACAUGGAGGAACUUCAGAGAAAACUCAACCAGCACUAUGAGGACACCAAGCCAAGAAAGGUGAGGUUCAAGCUGGCAUCUUCCUACAGCGGCCGGGUGUUGAAGCACGUGUACGAGGACGGCCAGGAGCUGGACAGUCCAGAGGAGCAAUAUCCGCAUAGCUUCCUCCACCAUAAAAUUCCUCCCAGCCACCUUGAGAUGGAGCAGCUUUGUGGAUUUGAGGAUCCUAACGUGGAGAAACAAGGUGUUUAUCCUGCGACAGGACUCAUCGCCCAAAGAAUAAAUGUUUACAGAGGAAUAGGAAGCUACAAGCCGGCUUCUGAGAGAAGAGAUGAAGCAGAAGACGACAACAAGGCCCCUGUGUUGGACUUUGGGAAGAUAAUCAUCUACACCAGCAACCUGCGCAUUAUAAGAGCUCCACCAAAGAGGCCUGAAAUGUUGCGUCAGCACUCUCUGCCUUCAGUGGACAUGGAGGGAUACCCAAAGGCCAGAGAAAGAACCAGCAAGAGGAAGACUAAAGCUCUUCCCUCCCAGGAGGGGGUGGAGAAGGAGGAGAAAAAGAUCGGUGACACAGAGACUGAGGAGGCGGACAGCUGCCAGCAUUGUGGCGGUUCAGGCUGUGCUCCCUGCUCCUUAUGUCAUGGCAGCAAGCUGUCCAUGCUGGCGAAUCGCUUCAAUGAGUCCAUCAGUGAUCUGCGAUGCCAAGCCUGCUACCCCCAUGGUCUGGAGAAGUGCCAGUCCUGCUCCAGUAAAUAGCGCUAUUUGGCGUGAGCCCAUGUCUGGCAGGGGGAGUGAUUGAGUGUGUAACUGCGAGUGAGUGUGUGUGACCGGUCGGGUUGUCAGAAGUGUCUCCGGAGCAAUAUUGCUCUAAUCCAAAAUGCUCUUGGUGGGAUGUCUCAAAGCACUGUUAGGACGCGUAAGCCAUCUUUGGUAAUGGGGUUUGCUACAGUGCGGCACACUCAAAAUUGUGAAAUACAAUUACUGUGUGCAGUGAACGUGGCUCCAGAUAGCACAGACACAUAAUCACCUUUUUUGUUUUCCUAUAAUUUUGCAUCUGCACUUUCCUUCCAGAUAAAAAAUGGUCCCGACUUAUCUUUUUAAUUAAAAUUAUACAACAUUGUGAGGUUCAUUGUAUCCACUCUGACAGCUGCCCUGUUCUUAUCUCCUGUCUUUUCACCAGAGAGAAGCAUAUGAAAAUGAUGUGCUCUAUCAGUGUAAUUGAUGCCUUUAAAAUCUUUUUAUGGGUAAAAAAUGUAAAGAUGUGGAGGAGGAGAUUGAAAAAGUAAAAAAGUUGUCGUUGAGAAAUAGAAACAAGAGAAGCAUGACCGAUUUAUAAAUAGUUGGAGCUUCAGUCAGGAGAUGAUGGUUGAGCUGUGCUCCACCCAAACAGCAUUAAUGCUAAUUUAUUUCAUGUAUUUAAGCAUGCUUUUGAUACAUAUUUUUUGUGCAAUGCACUAAUUUUGAAUGAGUUAUAUUGUAAAUAAAGACUGAAAAAGUAAAGUGAGUGGAAAAAGUAUUGUAAACCUGCAAGCAAAAGCUGAAGUAGACAGAAAUCUGACAAAAAAACCACAAACACCCUCAAGCUGCAGCCAGGAUGCCGGGUUUUCUGCAAACAUCACCCGACAAGCUGAACUAAUUUACUUGGCAGGGGAGCGUACAGUUGUGCUGAAAUGACAUGCUGUCAGUCAGAAAUGGGUCACAAGGGUUUUCUUCUUGUUUUACCAAAUGCAAAAUAUUUAGGACAAAAACAUGUCAGAUAGUGAGUUUAAAGGUAAGUAAAUGAAGAUAAAAAGCAUUUUAUUUCCUUUAACAGUCUAUGAUUUGCUUUAGUUAAGCCCUCUUUAUCAUGGUAGUUUUUGUAUAUCAGCUUUAUGGGGUGCCUGUUAAAGAAAUUUCCAAUAUUUUUGUGGAUUUUUUUUUUUCUUUUGAUAUGCUAAAGGUCAGACUUUAAACAGAGCAAAUCUAUUCCUCCAAAGUUGAUUCUCUAAACCUAAAGUAACAUUUUUCUUGAAUUUUUGCCAAAUAUUUUUGCCUGUCUCAAC